AACACAUAUGGGUCGGAGACAAAGCCCAGCAUGAAGCAAACCCAUUCACUAACGUCAUAUAUUUAAGAGUUUGGCUGUAAAAGCAAACCCUAGCUGCUUCGUGAGGCGAAACCAUCUUCUCGCCGCUUAGAAGGGACAAAAACAGCAGCAGCAAGUCAUGGGCAAAGUGCAUGGUUCUUUAGCUCGCGCUGGUAAGGUGAGAGGCCAAACUCCCAAGGUGGCGAAGCAGGACAAGAAAAAGAAGCCCCGUGGCCGUGCCCACAAGAGGAUGCAAUACAACCGUCGUUUUGUUACAGCCGUUGUGGGAUUUGGCAAGAAGAGAGGGCCCAAUUCCUCCGAGAAGUAAAGCUUGAGAGAAUGAGGAGAUGAAGAAACAUUCAUUUGAUUUUGGAUGAACUAUGUUGUUUUUCUUUUCUGCAAUACUACUGCUUUUAGUUAUUGAUCUCAACUGUCAGACUAUGUGGAGCAUCUGCUCUCUUUUUGUUAAGUAGAGAUGAUUUGAUUUCUUUUUUUAUUAAAUAUGUGUUUCUUCAAA